AUGAAUCAAGUCAACUUCUCCAAUGUGGGCACUGGAGCCAUGCUCACCGGCGCCAACCCUCAAGGUGCCAUGCCAAACAAUCAGACCAGUCUCGUUUCCCGACAGGUCGCCCAGGUCUUGCAAUCACAGGGGCCUUAUACUGGCUGGCGCGCUGAGGUUCCCAUUCAAGACCGAGCUCAGAAAGUCUGGCAGAUGAUCACCUCGCUCCGACUCAUUCAGCCUCGAAUCGAGAUCCAGAACGCACUUCAAGCUGCACUUUCGUUUGAGGAAAAGGCCUUUCGGGAGGCUAAUCAGAAAGCUGAUUAUGAAAAGGAGUGUACGAAUAAACUCCAUGCGAUCAAAGAAACGAGACUACGGCAACAAGCCGUAUACAACCAGGGUGGACUAAUACAGCAUGGAGGCGCCACUGGUGGUAUGCCCGGUGCGGUCCGCCCGAAUCAAGUCCCUCCUCAAUUCAAUCCCCAGGUGACCCGACCGAUGCAGUCCUCACCCGUCUUAGGUCAAAUGCCGAUGCAUAUGGGCUUGAGCGACCCCAGUGUGAUUCAACAACAACAGCAGCAAUUGCAACAACGUCAACAGCAAGCCCUAGCACAGAAUCAAAUGGGCCAACAACGGCUCGUUUCAGGGAUGCCGGUGACGGAUGAACUGAGCAUGCUCAGCCAAGCAGAAUUUGAUCAGAUCAGUCAGAUGGCAGCUGCUUUGAUAGCAAGGAUACCCCUGGACGACCUCGAGAAGCGUAGGAUGAAUGUUACCCGCGGUAUGAGUGCAGAAACAAAACAGAUGAUUACUCAAAAGUACGGGGAUCCAUUCACUUGGAUGAUGCGGGUUCAACUUUUGAGAAAUAUGAGGAACCGGCAGUCCCGUACUCACAUGGCUCGAGCUCAGGGCUUAGAUGCCAACUCUUCCAUGGGCGGUGGAGAUCCCAUGUUAAAUGCAGCCCAGCGCCAAAUGACACCAAAUACGAUGGGCCUCCAGCGGAACUCUGCCUUGCCCAUGAAUAACCAGCAAACCUUGGACCCGUCCUCUUUCAUAAAUGUCGAGAAUAUCCAAGGACAACAAGCAGAUGGUCUUCGAUCGCAAGAAGCGGGACAGCUCGUCGUACCUGCAAGCAAUGCAUCCAUGUCAAGCCAACCGUCUUUUGCCAACCCCAGCGGUCUCUUUCAACCGGGAGCACUUCCGCAGAAUACCCAAACCAACCUAAAUCGACCUGUCAACCCACAGCAGUUACUAGCACAGCAGCAGCAGCAGUUGCAGAAUGCACAAAAUGCUCAAACAUCGCAGUUUCAGGCUCCAGGCCAGGUGCAAAAUCCGGCUCAAGCUCAGGCACGCGCUCAAGCUGCUCAUAACGCAAAAAUGGCCAUGUCAACACAAGCUGGAGGGCAAAAUGCUUCUCAGCUGAACCAAAACAUGCCGCAUCAAAGCCCCGCAAUGCCGAUGCUCAAUCGUCCAGUUGGUCCCAACAUGUCUCCAGCUCAAGCUGCCGCACAAGGGCGACCGCCAUCACGGCAGCCCGGCAUGAAUGGACAACAGCAGCAGACGAUGCGACCGCAGAUUCCUCCGAACCUGCCUCCGGCUAUGCAAGAGCGGUUGUCUCAGAUGACCCCAGAUCAGAUGAAUGCCUUUCUGCUUGCUCAGCGCCGCAUGAUGUCAAACAAUCCGGCAGCUAGAAUGAAUGGACAGUCACUGCCAAUGCAAACAAAUCUCUCCCAGCCAUCCCAGGGUGGUGGACAGUUCAAUGACCCCAACAUGCGCACAUCCAUGGCUCUGCAACAAUCCCUAGAUGGAAUAGCUGGAGGCCCACAGAAUAAUCCCAUGUUUCAAGGACAACAACAACUAUCACUCCAGCAGCAACAGCUUCUGAGGCAACAACAGCAAUUGAUGCGUUCUCAGAAUCAAAAUUCCGAUUUGAGUUUAGAUCAGAUCCGAGACAUGGACCGCAUGCCUUUUCCUCCUGCCAUGAUAAACUCGAGCAUAAUUCCGACCGUACCUAAGGGGAUAUCAAACUGGGGUCAGUUGAAGGGAUGGGUUGUACAAAACCCUCAAAUCCUUGGCAGUGUCGACUUCGCCAAGUUGCUCGAUCUCCAGCGUCUACAUUAUACACAUACCACGCCACAACAACGCGAAGCUGCGCGACUCAAUGAACAAGCUGCACAAGCAAAUUGGGCCGGAAAUCCUCAGCCAUUCAUGUCUGGUCAAAAUGCUCCUACCGGGCGGCCACAGCCUCUCAUGCCACCUGGGCCUCCUGUGACAGCCACGGACAUCCUCAAUGCCCGCCAAAGGGUUGGCUCACAGUCUCAAAACUGGACCGACGAACAAGUGAAAGCUCUUAUUAUCAAGCAUCGGCAGAAAAUCUACAUGCAACAGUUGCAGGCCCGAGGAAUCAACCCACAACAGCUAAGUCAAGCCCAAUCGGCACAACAAGCACCGGUUCCAAACCCUGCAUCAACAAAGCCAAUGGUACCUCCUCUACCACCUGCCACCCAAGCACCCCAACAAACGCAACCCUCACAAACGGCCAAUGUCAAGCCCCAGCAAACACCAGUAGGCGGCAAAAAUGUGAAGGCCACUGCCACGAGCAAAACAACAUCCAAAAAGCGACCGCACAGUGACGAAGUCAUCGAAAUUCAAAAUCCGAAAUCCCAGCCAACAAUACGAGCACCCACUCCUCAGCCUACUACUACUUCAUCUGCUGCACCUACACGUCCGCCAGCAUCUCUCACAAGUCAACAACUGGCUGCUCUAUCUCCUCAACAUCGUACUCAAUUAGAAGCUCAUAUGAAACGACAGUCCCGCCCUCCAUUAUCUAGAGCUGCCGCGGAAGAGAAUUGGAAUAACAAUUUGCCAGAGCAACUCAAAAAUUGGUAUAACGAAAUGGCCAAGGCUGUUAUUGCGAAUGCAGGACCCCUGGAUAUUUCGGCCGAAGACAAGGCAUUAAUGGGGCAGCAGUUGCGUGAAAGUACCGAUAUGCUCUCAAGAAUGGACAGUCUUGUACAUUGGAUGGUGAUGAUGCCGAAUCAAGAAAAGCAUGUUAAGAUGCUGCUCUCGAUACGAAUACAACUCAUGAAACAAUUCAAAGAUACAGAUUGGACCCUCAACGACGAGUUUACUGUUGCGCCGGACUAUGUGAAGAAGUCUAUUCUGAUGGUUAGAAAUAUGUUUUCCGGGAUGAUCAGCAAAGUCCAAAACCAGCAAAUCCAAAAACCGAAAGCUCCCAUACCGCAAGCCGGCGGCCAGUCGCAUGUGCCGCCGUUGAAUGCAUCGAAUCUUCAACAACUCGAAGAAGAGGCAAAAAGAGCUAGAAGAGCAUCUCAUAAUGUUCCUGCAGCACCAACUACCGCACAGCCGCCAUUCCCAUUAGGUAAUCCAUCCCCUCAAGGCGUACCACAAGCCUAUGGACCUGGUGGAUUCUCGCCGGACAAAUUGAACAUACCUCCCUCAAAGCGACGGAAGCAAAGCCACGCUUCAGUUUCUGCGUCUCAGAGUGGCGCUGGGUCUAAAACAACAUCAAAAGCAGACAGCUUAAAAUCGUUGUUCAAAUGCGCCGUUGCUGAAUGUGAACACAAUGCAAAGGGAUUUGCAUCGCAGGCUGCCCUGGAUAAACAUGUUGACGAGGAACACAGAGCUAAGGAAGAUAUCACUGAUCCAUUAAAGUACGCAUUGGAGAGCUUUGAUGCCGCACUUGGGGUACCGACACAGGACAAGGUAGUUUUAGAGGUGCAACGGGAGAAGAAAUCUAUAUCUGGCGACGCUACACUUGUGAAGCAGGAAGGCAAGGUCGAGGGAGUUACUCCUACCGCCGGCGGUGCCACACCAAUGAGCCGGCUGGUGAGUCACACCGAUGCUAAGUUUCCGUCUCCGGUAACUAAUAACCUCGCGACACCACGACUGCAGGCUGCCAAGGUCGCUAAUGUGGCAGCUGCUAAAAAGACCAAACCUGGUGCUAAGCAGGAAACUGUUAAGACCGUUGAACAGCCCAUCGUUCCGGAUGGCCUGUCUGGCUGGGCCGACAGUCAUGUAUCUCUUGAUGUUAUUCAGGAUACAUUCGACAUCCCUUUGACUGAUGAUUAUCCUGGUCUUGGUGGGGACUACUUCGAUGAAUUUCUUAAUGCAGACAUGUUCACCAUCAGCCAGAAUGAAGACACACCCGACUCGGUUGAUAGUAACGGACUCGCCACGCAGACACCGAAGGAUGGCGAGAUGACCAAGGAAGACUUAACUAUUCAAAUCAAGGACAUCAAGAACGAUGAAUCUUAUCCUCUUGGGUGGUUUUCUCAUCCAGGACCAAUGUUUCCAGAGAAUGGAAAUGACAAUCCGUGGAUUGACUGGGAGGUCCUCAACAAAGAGCUUCAGGCAGCUCCUCUUGAGAAGGGCCUUUCAUUUUCAGUUUCAUGA